CUAGUUGUUGAACAAAAAUCUCUUUUUUUAAGGUUAUAGUUUGAGGUGAUUUAGUCAGGAUAAGGUUAUAAAGGAGUUAUUCAGAAAAGUGUCCUGGUUGGUUUGACUGUACAUACCAACAAGAAUAGCUGGAGGAGAAUGUGUGUGAGUGAGUAUGUGAUUGACAGUAACAGGCUGCAACAGCAAGUGAAUGUCAGUCCAGUCCAGAUACAGUGCGAAGGUCAUUACUAUUAAUACACACACACACACACACACACACAGUGAAACACACACACAAACACAGAGGGUGGCACAGAGCAUCUAAUUACAAAUAUGUUGCCUAUUUUAAUGCACACCAUUUAACCACAGUCUGUUAUUUCAGCUAAUGUGCAGUUGUGAAGAAAUCCUCUAAAGUGUUAGUAACACAGAAGUAACAUUUUAAUGGAAUAAUCUGACUAUGCUGACAUCCAGGCCAAGUAUGAGAGGGCAUGAAUAUAAAUAGUAUUGCCACGUUUGUGUGUCUCUGUGUGUGUGAAGGGAAAGGAAGAAAGAAGAUACAGCUGCUGGUCAGGUUUCUUUGGAAGUUAAAACGUCUUGGACGAUACUCCGUGCAGUCUGUUCAGUCCUGCAGGAGAAAUGACAAUGGCUGCACCAGAGGACAGCAGGACAAAGACACGUGGGAGCCACAAGGUCAGAGAAGACUGAUGCUGCGCCUGUCUGGACUCAGCUGUGGUCAAAGUGAAGCUCGGACAACAACAGCAUGACUGAAGACUUUAAACAUCUUUAAAACUUCAGAAGAUGAACGUGCAGGAAAGUGCAUGGAUGUGAUGGAAUACAACAUGAGAUUUUUGGCAUUAACAUACAGUGUUUAUAGAUGAUUAUCAGUCUGUGUAAUACUCCAGACUACCACUUCAUCCACGCCACAUGCCAACACCAGCUAACAGCCGCUAACAGUGUCUGUUUUUUUCUGCUACGUAACCAGCAGCUGUGAAAUGUUGAGGCCUUGGCUCCCAUCAGCAGUAUUUAGAAAACUCUGAAUACCUUCUUCUACACAUACUUAGGAAAUACUACCUCUGCAGCAGCAGCACUACUUGCAUUCUUAAGAGGAUUACAGCCCCGUCACAUGAAAUUGUGCCAUUAAAACAAACUGCUACUGCAUUCCUUGACCAACUGCUGCUCAUUUCUACGCCGUGUGAGUCUUCAUCUGGUCAGUAUCGGUUCUGGGUCCAGAUGUUCCUCCACACGCUGCUCGUGGUCCUUACGGACCUGACAGCCCACCUCCUGGGUAGUAAAGUGUUCCGGAAACACUUUCACCUGCUGCUAUCUGCAGUGGUGAUGUUUGGUCCUGCUCUGAGCUACUGGGUUUCAAGCCACAGUGUCUUUGCCAAAAGGAGCCACUUUAUCUACAGAGUGUUCCUGCGGUCUGGUUUGGGAUGGACCUGCAUCUUCGUUGGGUCCUUUAUGUUCCUCCUGACCUUCUCCAUCCGUCGCUCUGUUGCCCUCUCUGUCCGUCACCUGUCCAGGAUUGGGGUGGCUGUUGGACUUUGGCACAGCUUCUGUAGAAUCCUGAGUUAUCUGGAAGAUGCAACAGGAAGUUGUUAUGAAUCUCUUGGCUCAGAGGCCAACGAUGGCCAGCCUCUGCUGCUGCUGAGAGAAGAUCGGGGUAAAUCUGAAUGCCUUAAAGCUGGGCUGUUGUGGAGAGGAUAUGAAGUCUCAGAGGACGUCUUCCUCCUGUGUCUCUGCUGCCUGUUGCUGGCAGAGGAGACAGCUGUGUUUGGGCCGUACCUGAGUUUAGGAGGCGUCUCAGACGCUCCUCUAAGGAUCCUCUUCCUAUUCUGUGUUCUCCUGUUAGGGCUUUGGAUCUUCCUUUUACUCUGUCUCUUGGCCUACUUCCCACAGUUCCCUGCACAGUUGCUGGGGGGCGCUGUAGGCUGCUUGAGCUGGAGGGGACUCUACCAGGGUUGGUAUCGCAACGGGCCAAGCUGGUUCUGUCCUGGCAGGCCUGGACUGGGCUUGCUUAACACAAAGACUGAGAGCAGUGAGGCUAACGGCAAAGAACUGAGCCACGAUCACAACAGUUAAAUGAAACAAAACAACAGAGACUUCACGUUAAACAUGCUUAUAAUCAUACAUUAAAUAGACUUUUAUUCUUACGAGAUUCUUUUCAUUAAUCUAAUGUUAGCAAACACACAACAAAGGAAUUAAAAGAAAGUGUGAACAAAAGAAUAUCUACAGUCUACAGUUAUUUUUAUUAUCAUAUUAUGCUCUGAAGUACACUAAAAAAAAAAAGAAAUUCAACAUUUAACAACUCAAUCCUAAC